AUGGGGGUCACGCUGCUAACACAGGUGUCCCGGCGCUACUUUCGCCACGCGAUUCCUCUUGCUGUCCUCUCGCUGCUGCUGCUUUAUCUCUGUGCUCGGAGCUUCCGUGAGUGGUCCCUUCCCUCAUCUGCCCUGGGAGGCACCAGGAACCCAAGCGCUGGGGACCUAAGGCCCCCUCCUCGAGCCUUCACCGCUCGGCCUCGCCCCUCCCCAGGCGUCGUCUCGGGGUGCAGGUCCUGGGCACAGUCCUGCAAUCCCGAAGGACCGCCGCCUGUCCAGGUCCGGCGGCAGUCGGGCCCCCUGGAGGCCCCCAAGUGGAAAGAGCCUCCGUGUGAGGGCCCCCAGGGGGUGCUGGGCCGCGUGAUGGAGCCGUUUCGCGCCAGUCUGAACCCCGAAGGCGACGUGGCAUUGUCGCAGUACCUGGCCGGAUGGAGGGCGCUGGUCAGGUUCCUAACUCCCCUCGGUUCCAUCUUCGCCUUCGCCACGGACGAGGCCUCCGCCAAGGUGACAGCCCUAGAGGCUCGGGUGCACGGCCCGGAGGCGGCGCACUACUCGUCGCUGGCGGCCAUGGCGGCGUGGGAGCGGCGGGCGGGACUGCUGGAGCGGCCCGGGGUCGCCCCCCGAGACCCGGCCAGGUCCUCGGGCUCACGGACCCUGCUCUUGCUGCACCGAGCGCUGCGCUGGUCCCAGCUCUGCCUCCACCGGGUGGCGGCCGCGACGCCCGGAGGCCCGGACGCCGGCGUGCAGUGCGGCGACGCGUACCGCACGGCCCUGGCCCCGCACCACCCCUGGCUCGUGCGCCAGGCCGCCCGCCUCGCCUUCCUCGCCUUCCCGGGUCGCGGCCGCUGGCUCGGGCUGGCGUGCCCGGGGGCCGGGGAGACGGAGGCGCGGGCCGCGCUGGCGCGGGCGGCGGCCACCCUGGAGGCCGUCUACAACCGCACCCAGGGCCUGCUGGCCGAGCGCGGGCUGCUCGGGCUGGCCUGACUCCCGCCGCGGUCGGGACCCGCCACGUGGAGAGGGCGCCCCGCGUUCCGCCCGCCGCCCACCCUGGCCCGGCCAGGGGCGGGGCCGCCGCAGCCACGCCCACGUAUGACGCCACGUCUGGAAGGCCCGCCCCCCGGCGGGGUGGGUGGGUGCCGAGCCCCUCCGUCUCUCCGCGGUGGCGGGACGCGGCGGGGAGGAGCUGUAGGGAAUAAAAGCAUUCUUUGGUAGCCGUGGA